AGUGGAAGGAAGAUGCCAUCGUCCACGUAUAUAAAGGACAACGAUAUAGUUGACGACAAUGAUUCGUCAAGGAGCCGUAUAGUGGAAAGGAAUAGUCAUCGGCAAUGGCCAGCAGCUCUUCUAGCUCAUCACCACAGUGGCGAAUAAUCGAGCGAAUUCUUUGCAACGCUUGUUUUGAAAUCCACGACCGUGACCGACAUGUAGCCAAACUUUUGGAUUGCUACCAUCACAUGUGUUUAUCCUGUGUAGAGAACAGGAUUUUGGAUGGCAAGAUUAAGUGUCCCUUCUGCACCAAAAUCACUCUCUGUCCCAGUGGUAGUUCUGAAGAAAUCUUCACUGAUGAAGACAGAACGAGGUUAGUGGAGCAGCUGUUCAAAAUGUGUCACAUCAACGCUGUACCGUUGAUAUUCUGUGGCAACUGCAAGGAGGGAGCUGUUGAGGUGUGCAGGAUUCGCAGCCACAGGGUUUACUCCAUCAGUGAAGAGUUCAGGAUGUACCUGUUGAAGACCGAGCUUUUGCGACGAGCUUACGAGAAGGAAUCGAGGGCGGAUUCUGUCCUGUUUGAGGCGCUGGACUGAGUGAAAACGAGUGUCGAGCACACAUCUAGAUUGGGCGAGCUUAGAGAUGACUCAGGGAGAUACCGAGGAUUGGCUGGCUGUACGUAUAUUAGCGCAGGAGUGUUUAUCUGCUGCCCUUUACAGAUUCAAUAAAAAUUUAUCACCACAAUCAAAUUUUCCUAAUUGUUCCUUC